UUUUUCAUUCUUGUUUCUGCGAACAAAGUUGGGAAGUGAAUGGCGACGGCAAUCUCCGGUCAGAUUGCCCUCUCUCCAGGCCAUGUUCUAAAUUUCAGACCAGGUGAUAAGCUGUUCUUAUAUAAGGGACAUUAUGUGAAUUGUGGCAUUCCCAGGACAAUAUCAGCUGCUGGGCCGGGUAAAGGUGGGGUAUUGGAAAGACCAACAAUAGAGAGAACUACCCCUGGUCGAGAAUCUGAGUUUGACCUGAGAAAAUCCAGGAAAAUAGCCCCACCGUAUCGCGUAAUACUUCACAACGACAAUUUCAACAAGCGCGAAUAUGUCGUCCAGGUGCUUAUGAAGGUCAUUCCAGGAAUGACACUCGACACUGCAGUCAAUGUCAUGCAAGAGGCACACUACAAUGGUUUGUCGGUCGUAAUCGUUUGCGCACAAGCUGAUGCAGAGGAGCACUGUAUGCAGCUGAGAGGAAAUGGUCUUCUCAGUUCAAUUGAGCCUGCAAGUGGUGGGUGCUGAAAGAAACACCAUGCAUGAAGCAGCAAAUACUGUUAGAUGAAUCAGAAAUCUUCCGAUAUAUUUCUGUAUAUUACAAAAGAAAGCAAAGACCUGGAGGAAAUCAUUCUUAAGCUUUGAUGAUGUAUUUAGAGAGAAAGGGGAAACUUUUAAAGAAAAUAUUGUGCUGAAAAGAAAUAUUUCUGUAUAUUACAAAAGAAAAAUUAGAACUGUAUGUUUCAUUUUUAAAAGGUUUCGUUUAGAUUUCAGGUCACUAGAAUGAGCAAACCAGAAGAAACUCUUCUUUUGCUGUAAUGCUCUGUCAGUAGAGAAAUUAUUCUGUGCGGAUACGAGACAAUUCAAAGAUCAAUCAGAACGCGUCAUAUCACCUGGUACAUAGCAGUACCGAGCAGCAGUAUCGAAUAAAAAAGUAACUAGCACAUUCUGUUAA